CUGCUUUUCCAUUUUGUCGACGGGAAAUGACACAUUGUAACGGAUCUGGGAUGACAAAGAGAAUGGGACACAGUGGCUGGAGAUGGCAGCAGGCUCUUUGGAUUCCUCUUUUCUUCCUCCUUUGGAGGACAACAAACGGACAGACUCGUUACAGCAUCCCGGAGGAACUGAAACCGGGUUCUGUGGUAGGAAAUCUAGCCAAAGAUCUGGGUUUGGGGCUGUCGGACGUUUUUGACCGUAAAGUGCGCGUCGCCUCUGAGGCUGAUCAGCAGUAUUUCAGUGUGGAUGUGGGGAAGGGCGAGCUGGUGGUGAACGACAGAAUAGACAGAGAGGCUUUAUGCGGACAAAGCGCCAGCUGUGUUCUACCUCUGCAGGUCGUUCUGCAAAAUCCACUAAAUUUACACCGUAUUGAGGUAGAAAUAAAAGAUAUAAAUGAUAAUUCGCCGACCUUCAAAAUAAAAGAAUUGUCUUUAAAUAUUGCUGAAUCGGUCGCGGUGGGAACUCGUUUCCGUUUGGGGAGUGCCGAGGAUUCUGACGUUGGAGUUAAUUCGGUUAAAUCCUACACGUUAACUAAAAAUGAAUGUUUUACGCUAAAAAUGGAGGUAGAUGACGGAAAAACGGUUCCCCAGUUAGUGCUGGAAAAACCUCUGGACCGAGAAAAGAAAACGGUUCAUCAGUUAUUAUUGACGGCGUUAGACGGAGGAAACCCGGUCAUGUCUGGAACCGCACAGAUAACAGUGACAGUGCUCGACAAUAAUGAUAAUUUACCAAUAUUUGACAGAAACGUGCAUAAAGUAUCACUGGUGGAAAAUACUGCACAAGAUACUUUCGUAAUCAAAAUUAGUGCAACUGACGCAGAUGACGGACCAAACGGAGAAGUUGAAUUCUCUUUUAAUUCACAGACACCAGAUUCUGUCUUGUCAGUGUUUGAAAUAAAUUCAAUAACUGGAGAAAUUUAUUUAAAAGGAGAUUUAGAUUAUGAAAGAACUGCGUCCUAUAAAUUUGAAAUAACUGCGAAGGACAAAGGAGUUCCUGUAAUGGAGAGUCACUGUCGUGUACAAAUAGAUGUUGUAGAUAUUAAUGAUAACACUCCAGAAAUUGUUUUAACGUCUGAACCGCAGCCUGUGCGCGAAGAUGCGCCAAGUGGCACAACAGUGGCGCUGAUCAGUGCGCGUGACGCUGAUUCUGGUAAUAACAGUAAAGUAACAUUACAACUUCCCAAAGGUUCCCCUUUUAGUCUAAAACCGUCAUUUUCUAAUAAUUACGCGCUGGUUACCAGCGGUGUUUUAGACCGAGAGAGUUUCCCAGAAUAUAAUAUCGAGAUAACAGCCACUGAUUCCGGCUCUCCUCCUCUGUCCAAUCAGAAAACUGUAUCUGUGAGCGUCACUGACGUCAAUGACAACCCUCCCGUGUUCACUCAGUCCUCCUAUAAUGUGUAUUUAAAAGAGAAUGGACUCCCAGGUUCUAUUCUGUUCUCAGUUUCAGCAUCUGAUGCUGAUUUUGGGGAAAACUCCAAAAUCUCUUACUCCAUCCUGGACUCUAAAGUGCAGGACGUGUCUGUGUCAUCUUAUGUCUACAUUAACUCAGAUAACGGCAGCAUCUACAGCAUGCACUCGUUUGACUAUGAGAAGCUGAAGGUGUUUCAGAUUCAGGUACAGGCAAAGGACCAGGGCUCUCCGUCUCUCAGCAGCAACGUCACUGUCCAUGUUUUUAUCCUGGACCAGAACGACAAUGUCCCCGCUGUUAUUUACCCCUCCUCCGCUGCCCUGGGCUCCCUGUCUCAUCAGAGGAUGUCCCGCUCUGCUAAAGCGGGACACCUGGUCACCAAAGUGACGGCCGUGGACGCUGACUCGGGACAUAACGCGUGGAUCUCAUAUAAAGUGUCGGAUGCCACAGAUGCAUCUUUGUUCACUGUCAAUCAGUACACAGGGGAGGUGAGGACUAAACGUGCUGUGUCCGAGCACGACGAGUCCUCUCAGAGGCUGCUUAUAGAGAUCAAGGACGACGGAGAACCGGUCCAGUCCGCCACGGUCACUGUGUCCAUCCUGCUGGAGGACGGUCUGCACGAGCCCAUCUUGGACCUGCGGCACAAAGUGUCCGAGCCCAGCAAGAAAAGUGGGAGAAUCGCCCUUUAUCUGAUCGUGUCUCUGUCCUCGGUGUCCGUGCUGUCUCUGGUGACUUUUGUCAUCUUGGCUGUUAAAUGCAUCAGGACCAGCAGAAGCAGCGGAAGUUGCUGCACGAGACGGAGCGAAUGUGACAAUUACAAGAACCCCAACAGGAACCUGCAGAUUCAGCUCAACACUGAUGGACCCAUUAAGUACGUGGAGGUCCUGGGAGGAGACAUGUUGUCUCAGAGUCAAUCCUUCAGGUCCUGUCUGUCUCCCAUGUCAGAGUACAGUGAUUUCACUUUGAUUAAGCCCAGCAGCACCACUGACUUUAAGGACAUGAUCAGUGUCCUGGAUGCGUCUUUACCCGACAGCACCUGGACCUUUGAGAGCCAACAGGUGAGAGGAAAGUCUUAAAAAAUACC